AUGGCCAACCCACAGCGGGACGCACGGCCUCCCCACACAGCGCCAAGUGCCUCCACAAAUCCCUUCCUCGCAAAUCCUUUCAUGUCUCCAUCAUCCUCCUCCCCUUCCCCUUCAGCCGCGUUCCGCACUCCGCCUCCCGCUUUCGCUUCGCCCACUUCCGCGUCCCCCGCAUUCGCUACCCCCACUUCCGCUCGCCCCGCAUUCGCUUCCCCUCCGAUCGCCGCUCCUGUGACAUCGCCAGGCGACCGCCCAGAUCCCAGCUACGCCACUCCGCAAGCCACCAGCCGUGCUACAUCGAGAUUCGGCCCUCCGCUUCACGCACUCCACUCCACUCCCUCUGGACCCAAAUCCAGCCCGCGAAACCCUAGCCGGGGUGGUAACCCGAUUCGGUCGCAGCCGGUGGUUUCGCAGCCUUCAGCAGCAGCGCAAUCGGCCACUCCUCCCGCCUUCGCAGCACCUUCCUCCUCUCCCGCCGCUUGGUACGGCUUCUCUCCCUCGGCCUCUCCUAUCGCCGAACGCAGCAACGCCAAGACGAACGCGCUCGUGUCAGCAGCCGAUGCUGCUGCUACGCCGGAUAAAGCUGCUGCGUCUUCGGCCCCUAGCAGCAUCCGACGAGCCGAAGCCGAGGAACAGGUUCGGGAGAGGUUCGGUAAUGGAGGGGCGGGUAGUCAUGCGGGUAUUUGCGAACGAGUAGGAGCCAAGGGUACUGGUCCGGUUAAGGGUAAGACACAGAAGGGGACGAAAGCCGAGCCAGCGGAUCGGAUUUCUGGCUCGGCAGGGGUGAAUCCAAUGGCUGCAGCAGACUCGGGGUGGACAGGUUCGGCAGCUGCUGCAGCUGGUUCGGGUGAUGUAGGUCCAGCGAGAGGCGCAGGAGGUGCGGCUCUUCAGAAAACGGAGAAGAAUCAAACGGACUGUUCAGAUCUACAAGAUCAUAGCAGACAAAAUGGAUUGCCAGGAGGCCGUUCCCAGCCGUCCGAUUUGCAACCGGCCUGUGUGGCGUCACACAGAGAGGAGAGAAACAGAGUGACAGGCUCUCUUGCUCCUUGUACUGUUUCCAUCACGCCGCUACCAUCGGCACAGGAGAGACAGGUUUCUCCUUCCGCCUCUCCUGCUUCCGCCCCGCUGCCCCCUCACGAGACGGGCUCCCCUUCCCCUGCCUCCCUCCCCUCCCCGUCCGCCACGCCCUCCGCUACCCCGUCCGCCACCCAUUCCGCCACCCCUUCCGCCACUCCUUCCGCCACCCCUUCCGCCACUCCUUCCGCCACUCGUUCCGCCACCCCUUCCGCCACUCCUUCCGUUAUCGAUUUCGCUACCCCGUCCUCCCCCCCUUCCGCUCCCCCUUCCGCGGCCCACUCACAUCACGGCCGUGUAAAGCGCAGCGCCAGUGACAACAACUGUCCGAGCCAGUCCACGCCCUCCUCUGCCAAGCCUGCCGUCCCGCCUCCCAGCCGAACCUCCUCCGCAGGCUCGGAGCUAGGCAAGGGCGCAGCGGCGGCGGCUGCAGCUGCUGUGGCGGAGUUUUCCGCGCGCAGGCAGCACAUGGGCGCGGAAGCUGCAGGAGCGGAGCGGGGAAAGGGGGGAAAGACGCCUAUAGGAGCAGCAGCAAGUGCAGCAGUGGUAACGACAGGAGGAAGAGAGAGAAGGGAGGGUUCAGGCAGUGCUGCGGAUGUUAGCAGGGGCGGUAGCAAGAGUAAUUCGAUUCAAAGGAAUGGUGAUUCCCCCUCCCUCUCUUCUUGGCCUUCCCCCGCCCCAGCGUCCCCCUGGGUCCCUUCCCCCUCCCCCUCCGCCUCUCCUUCCCUCCGCACUCCCCACACGCCCUGGAGCGCCGCUUCCCCUGCCCCCUCCCCCUCCCCUGCCCGCCAAUUCCCCCCCACCCCCUCCCCCUGGUCUCCCUUCCCCCAAACGUCCGCCAGGGGCAGGGGGAAGGGGGGGGCAGUGGCGGGGGGGGUGUGGUGGGGGAGGGCGGUGGUGGGGGCGCUGCAGCAGCGGUCAGCGGGGGGAAUGAGGCGGCUGGCGCUGCUGAUUGCGCUCAACUCCGCGUAUUCCACUGCGGAGCUCAUAGUGGGGCUGCUCAUAGGGCGAAUAGAGCUCGUGUCCGACUCCUUCCAUCUCUCCUUCGGCUGCUGCAUCCUGCUGCUCUCUCUCGCCGCCAUGCUCGUGGGGAAACGCCCUGCAGAUGCCACCUUCACCUACGGCUAUGAGAGGCUGGAGGUGCUAGCAGCCUUCACCAACGGGCUCUUCCUUCUCUUCCUCUCCUUCUCGCUAGCAGUGGAGUGCCUGCAUGCUUAUAUCGAGGAUGAAGCAGAGCACAAGCACUACCUGGUGCUCUCUGCAGUGGUUCAUCUGCUCAUCAACCUCCUCGGAGUCUUCUUCUUUAAAAGCUUUGCCCGCCGCACAAUAACAUACCAGAGACCAAGGGACAUGAACCAUCAUGCCAUCCUGCUUCACCUUCUCUGUGACUCCAUCCGAAGUGGUGGAGUUAUGCUCGCCUCGUGGUUCAUUGCCAUUGGGGUGUACAGUGCAGAGGCCAUCUGUCUGGGCCUCGUCUCCCUCACAGUGCUCGUGCUCGCGCUGCCAUUGGUGCAAUCGUCCGGCAAUCUCCUGCUGCAGAUGGCUCCUGCAGGCAUCUCCGAACCCGCGCUGCACAAAUGCAUUCGCCAUGUGGCGGCAUAUGAGGGGGUAGAAGAAUGCAUAGAGCAUCGCUUUUGGGCAGUGGUCCCUGGACAUGUGGUGGGAACACUUACUGUUCGGGUUAGAGAAGGCGUGGAUGAGCAGAAGGUUCUAGAGCACGUCCAUUCCAUUUUCAAUGACAUUGGUGUCAGGGACCUCACUGUUCAGAUUGAAUCUACCUCUUAG